CAUCCAUGGAUUCUGCAAUUGAAAAGCACUGUUCAGAGCUUGUAGCCCGUGAGCGAAGCGGUCAUACGGCUCUAAUUGAGAGAAAUGUCCUGUACGUGUGGGGAGGCUACGUGGUAAGCAAAAACUGUCAAACAGAUAGCCUACCUGGCUGCAACUGUCUUGACAAGCAUUGUCAAUGGAUAGUGUUUUCUUUAAUUUAUGUUUCUUAUUUCACCAACAUGCUAUUUGGAUCAUGACAAAAUAUUCAAGGUUUAUGCAAUAUGUUGAUUGAUGGCAAAGGACUACUCUAUGUUAUUUCCCACGGGGGGGCAGUAUGAAAAAUGUAUGCACUAACUAACUGUAAGUCGCUCUGGAUAAGAGCGUCUGCUAAAUGACUAAAAUGUAAAUGUAAAUGUAAAUUUGUUUUCUGCAGUCAAUUGCUGAUGAUGAAGUUUUCCUACCCAAUGAUGAAAUCUGGUUAUAUGACUUAGAAAGAGGUGUAUGGUAAGAAUAUGAAUGGAAUUUUAACAAAGGAACACAUUUCUAAGAUUAUGAAUGGAUAAGUUGAUAUCUUGUGAGAACUAAGCUUGAUUUAGAAUCUUCUGCUACAGUCUACCCAUCAAAAAACGACCAUGCAACAAUUCACUUCACUUUUGCACUGAAACAACCCACUGUGCAAAAACUGGUUGAAUCAUUUCCUUUCAACAACAAAAAUAUAAAUGUAAUGACAUUGAAUCAAUGUGGAAAACUGAUUUGGAUUUGCAAAAACUAAUUGAGAUGUAAACACUACAUUUCAUAAUUAUGAAGCUCUGCAUUAUAUCAGAGGUGUUAUUACAUGUUAUUUACAAUGUUGUUACACAGUUGCUAGAAGUUCAUUGAUACAAUGAAAUAUUGGUCAGUGGUUUGUGUUUAUAUCUGUACUCUGUAUGCUUUGUGUGCAUUUUGCGCCCUGCAACUUACAUUUCCCUGUUUUGUUUGUUUAUUCUCCAUUCUGAAGGGAAAUGUGCAAGAUGUCGGGAGAGGUCCCGCCCCCAAUGUCAGGCACCUGUGGCUGCUCUCUGAAUGGAGACAUGUACAUAUUUGGGGGAUGCGAUGACAACGGCCAGACCAACCAAGUAAACCCACUCAAUAGAAAAAAGCCCCCUAAUGUACAGUACAUUUGCAAGGAUGUGUGAAAAUCCUCAAUAUCUAACCAUGCCUUACAUUGUUUUGUUUACAUUUACAUGCUGAAAUGAUCUGUAAUCAGCUUUACUGUGUCAAUCUCCUGGAUGGAAAAUACACUUGGAGGAAAGUUAACCAUAAGAGUGGCUCCCCUCCCUCACCCAGAGAUAAGCUCUCUUGCUGGGUUUUCAAUGGCAGGCAAGCAUUCUUUUUACAAAACCAACGCCCAUGGCAGUACUGCCCUAAUUGGGUACGAUUUACACCUUUACUAUUGGUGGUGAUCUAAAAAUAGUGGGCUGGCCCAACUAAUAUCGUUCCUACACUUAUGGGGGUGCCUAGCUCCCCUGUAAUAUGAAACCCUUGUGAUUGGGAUAUGUUUUGGUCAUUCUGUAGGCUCAUCUACUUUGGUGGAUAUGGUCAUAAGGAACUUGAUGACAUCAAUAACAACAGAAGCUUCCUUAUGGAUGAGGCAUCAUGGGUAAUUUUUGCUUCUGGGUGCAAUUAUAUCCAAAGGUAUAAAUACAUUUUCUAGUACUAUUAACUUUUUACUUUAUUAUAUGGAUUAGUAAUAUUGUGCUCUGUAGGUGGAUGACAUCUAUUGGGGAUGGAACAAUGAAGUCCAUAUGUUUGACCCAACAUCGGCCAGUUGGAGUGAACCACAUACCAGUGUAAGACAAUACAUUGAAACAUGUUUAUUAUAUAUAUAUUUUUUUAAAUAAGGCCAUUCAUUGUGAUAUUGAAGACAUGAUAUCAUAUACAAUAAACUAAAUAAUGUGCUAUGACAUCACAUGAUUUUUGAGGAAUGGAACAUACAAGGCAAAUAUACUUUAUUUGUGGAUAUCUACUGUCUACAGGGUUGUGCACCUGAGCCCAGAGCUGCCCAUGCCAGUGCAACACUUGGCCACAAAGGAUAUGUAUGUGGGGGCAGAAUAAGGGUGAGAAAUUAUUCAUCUCAACUCCUCUCCAUGGUUGCAUUGAAGCACAAACCCAAAAAUCCUAAAGUGUAUUGCUAAUACAAUAUGUGGGAUUACGUCUUUUAUUGUGCAUACAAGUUUAAAUAUACAUACUUAACUCAAGUUUUUUUGCUUUGGUUUGAAAUAAGAUCUUCUGUUUUUCUUUUCACUUUUAGGAAACCAGGACAAGUGACAUUCAUUGUCUAGAUCUAGAAUCAUGGACAUGGUCCGAAAUGUAUGCAUUUACUGUUCACUCUUCCAAAUGCUCAACUUAAAAUGGUUACUGUCCUGUACUAUACUGUUAUCACAACACGCUUGACUUUAUUUUUUUUAACUGUUCUUUCAAAAUGGCUUUUCUAGAGUACCAGCAUCCAAUGUGCCAGUGGGAAGGUCGUGGCACACCCUCACUGCAAUAUCCGAUAGCAGUUUGUUUCUAUUUGGAGGACUGAGUUUAGACUGCAAACCAAUGAGUAAGUAAUUUACCCAUUCAGGUUCAAAAUCAUACCUCUGUACCUUAUGGUCCAUGGAAAUAUGCCAUUAUUUGCUUUUCAAAAAAAUGUAUGAUAUCUCCAGGCGAUGGCUGGGUAUUUGAUGUUGGGACGAAGAAAUGGAGAGAGUUUGAGCAUCCAUACAUGAACAAACCAAGGUAGUGCAUGUGCAAGUUGUUUGUGUCAUGUUUAAAUCUAGCUGAAUUACUAAACUGGUAUUGAAAAGCAUUACAUUUUCCAAUCUGAAGUCUGAGGAAUGUACGUAAAAUGGUAAAACUGUAAGCACAUUGUCUGACCCAUAGAGAUCCUAUAAUUCACGCUAUAUGUAAUUCUAUGAUCUGACCCUGUUUAUUUAUUUUCCACCCUCAGGUUGUGGCACACAGCAUGCCAAGGGAAGGACUCUGAUGUCAUUGUGUUUGGGGGUAGUUGCGACUACAUCCUCCUAGUAGACACAGUAAGUAUUAUGGCAACCACUUUAGAAUCAUUCUAAUUCUAUGGAAACCACACAAGGAACUUCCCAAAUCAUUCACAUUGGAUGAUUUUACCAUUUGUGACAGGAAGGAAAUUGCUUGGUAUUAUGUUAAUGCAUAUAUUAUAAAAAUUCAUAAGCAGAUAAUCAUUUAUGGUGAAUUAUGGAAGACAUGUAUCAUGAAUUAUGGAAGACAUGUUUACAAUGAGCUGUUAUGGUACUGUUUCGUUAUCACCUUUCUUUAGGGUCAUUGCAAUGAUGCACUUGUUUUCCAGAUCCAGCCCUACCCCCUCUUUCGGUAACUAAUCAAUUAUGAUAAUUCAAUGAGGGAGAAUCUGUCUCAGCUAGAAGACACUUUGACAUUUUGGAAAUCAUGUUGACUGAUAAAACAAAAAAAUAUUCUAUAUACAGAAUGGUCCCCAUACAAAUAGUUAAUUGAUUUUAUUAUUUUACCAUUACAUAGAUGCUAUGACACAGUGAAAGUUUAGUAUAGGAAGCUGCAACUACCAAAUGCAUGCAAUGACCUCUUAGCCUAUACAUUUACUGUCCUUUAAAAAGUUUAAAAAAUGUCUUACAGGAUAUGUGAGGAUUACAUAGCCAAGAAUGUGAAGAACUGCAAGAUGCUUGAAAAACAGCUUCCAUUUGUGCCCCCAAAACUACUGCCAUCUGUACAGAGGAGAAUGUCAUUUUUUCGGACAACUAGGAAAAUAUAGCAUUGUCAGAUGUAAAUAUUAAGGGAAAUGUUCAAUAGUAGACUACAGUAAACUGAUAACGCAGAGUUCAGACUAUGUUCCACAUAUUACUGUUGAUAAGGCCUUCAUAGUAUGUGGGGAGAUUUGUCUUGCAAAACAUUAUUGAUUUAUUGUAAAUGUUUUACAGUUUAUUUGACAGUGCAUU